GAACCCGACCGACGACGAUCGCCUCCUCAGUCUAAGAGAACGCCAAGCCCAGUUGAGAUCGAAGUUCGAGCCAUCGGCGCAUCGGCUGACUCGAAGUCUGAGCGACAGCAGCAUUCCGCAAAUCGAGACUCUGGAGCGCCAGCAUGACCGCGAGGGCCCCGUCCGCCGCGCCAACAGCUUUGAUAUCACUGAGUACUAUCCUCAUCGCUGGUACUAUGCGAGGAUGGCGAGACCCCCUUCAGGAGAGGAGGCCCAGGACGCUGCAGGGGAGGAGACCGAUGACAGAAAAGCUCGCAUGGAAACCCUCAAAGGCACGGAAAAAGCCGGGUUAGACGACGUCGGCGACGGCGACGCCACCAAACCCAGCAUAGAGAUCCUGUCGCUGAACGGCGGGACCGCAGAGGCGACCCUGGCGGGGCUGGAGGGCCACAACGUCAGCGGGCCCCUGGCGUCGCUGCAGGAGGGCGUCAUCGGCGGAAUCGAGGUCGACCCUGGUGAGAUCGACAGCCAAACGGGCAAAAUCCUCGCCUCUAGGCCAGACCACUUGACGCUCACGUACGAGAUCGAUGUCGCUGGUGGUGAGUCGCUCGGUGACGGCGGUGCCCGGCGGGCGACGAAGGUAGGCGGGGAGGCGGGGCGUGGUAGAGGGGCUUGGGUUUCGGACGCUGAGGACGGCGGUCUCGAGGAGCUCGGCGAUGCCUCGGUCGAGAAGGAGAGCGACCUCGCCGAGGACGCGGACGGGAGAGGGGUCCACAGGAGAAAAGCGAAGGGGUCUAAACUGCAGAAGCGAAAGACGCAAGACAAAGAGCAAACAGCCUCAAAUCGCUUGGCGGAGAUCCUGCAGGAGAAAGCGGAGGCGGAGGAAAAGAGAAGAGACCUGUUCCUGAAAGCCAGAGAACUUCAUGAGGAGAUACAGAGAGUCCGAGAAAAGCGAAGAGAAAAAUGGUGGCAGCAGUUCUCGCACGAGCGGAAAGAAGGAACGCAACUGGAGGAACGCCAAGCAACUCUCAGAAGCGAACUGGACUCCCUCCAUCGGCGAAUCAUCGGCUCCCUCGUCAAAAGACAACCUCUCGUCACGGGGGUCAGAGAUGAACCUUCCAGAAAGGCCAACUACAAGAUAUCCAUCAUAAGACUUCGUCACGAGAUCGAGGACAUCUCGAGACGCGUUGAGGCCAUGAACAUCAAAGUAGAAGCGGAGACUAAGCUGAGAAGCCAAGCAGAGCGAGAGGUUAAAACUUUAAGGUCAGAAGUCAGCAGGAAAAAGGCCAACGUGGCUCUCUCACAAACCAAAACGAAUCUCCUGAAGACAGCCACCAGCCUGCCUCCUGACCUUAUGAUCCGAAUGUAUUAAGGUCAGAAGAUCCUUGAAUCCGUCGGGCUGAGAGCUCGCUCACGCCUCCACGUGGACCCUUCAAGUCUUCAGAUCUUCGUCGCCGUUGGAGCUGUGGUCUAAAUCGUGUAGCAUUUAGAUUUUGCAGCUUAUGCAGACAGAUAGCGCGCUAGACUUCUUUUUUUUCUGUAAAUGCCCCCCAUUCCGCGAUAAGCUGUGGAUCUUAUCGUGGGAGACUUUGUUUCCCCGGACUCUGGGGGACGUUUCCUCUGCAUCUCCGUGAUUUCGCUCAAUGGACUAAGAAGCAGUGAUGCGUUAUACGUGUCGCGGUCCUCUACCCCCCAAGAUGGUCGAGUAAAUGCAUCAGCACUAAAUGAAUGAUCUUGUAAAUAUAUAAGGAUGUUUUAUAUCGUAGCGGAACUUAUUUCCAGUGACUGUGGGUAAGAAAUUAAGAAGCAGCAUCAAGAUCCUCAAAAUUAAUGCUUUGAUUUUCAGUUCCCUUCAGUGGUUGUUAUAUCGUCCUCUUCUAACCUGUUUGUUUCCCACACUAAUUUCAGAAUAUAUACAAACAAAUCACGAACAUAUAUAAUUUUAGCAAGACAUUUUCAUUAUCAUCCUUAUUAUACAUCCAACUUUGAACAUUUUAAACACGAAUUUUGACUUAGUUGUGGAGGGAAGGCCUUAAAACUACAGUGGGAUGUCCCUCCAAAAGCGCACAAGUUGUAUGAAUAUACGAUGUUCAUUGUGGUUGAUAUAUAGAUAGUUUAUACAGUAAAUCAUGUUAUAUAUAUUGUUCUAGAAUCCUGUUUCUAUGUGCGCAAAGUGAAGCACCUUGGUAUAAACAAAGUGUUAACAUGUCUAAAAUAUAUUUCAAAGGACAUAAAAAGUAAAUAUUGAAAACGUGCAAAAUAUGUUCUGUGUUUCUGUCUGAUGUAUAUUUGUGUGUGAAUAUUUCGGAAGUCAGUUUGUACAUAAUAAAAUAAAAGUUAAAUGUAUCCGCUUUUUUCGGGUACUAACCACUGUGUACAAAAUAUACUGAGAGAUGAGAAUAAACAUUCUCCUUAA